CUGCCGGCAUUACUCACGGCCAAGUCGCGCUCAGACAAAGACGGGUAGGAAGGUGACAGAGGGCGCAGCAAUGCGCAGCAAUUACCGAAAUAAUAUAGAUGAUGCCUUGUCCAUCAUCGGCUAUGGACGCUGGCAAAUCCCUUUCUUUGCGCUCACUUUUCUCAUUCACUGCCUCGUGCCCAUACACAUGAUGGGUUCAACUUUACUCAGUGUGCCCCUGCCAUUCCGGUGCUUCUCGUCAACCUCUGUACCACUGGAAGCAACCAGUCUUUUGAACUCCACCAGCCUCACCAGCCAGCCCCCUGCAGGGACUUACGACAGCGAGUGUGGUGCCGCGAGGCAGAAUGUGUCCAUGCCAGCGUCCCCCCUCCGCAAGACGGACUUAUCAUCCUGCUCUUAUGUGCAGUAUGAUCACUCUGUCUUCCCGAGCACGGUUGUGUCCGAGUUCAACCUGGUGUGCGAGAGGUCAUUGCUCCGGCCAUUGUUCCAGAUGAUAAUGUCUUUGGGUGUGUUAUGUGGAGCCCCGCUGGGAGGUGUUAUCAGUGACAAAUACGGUCGUAAAAGAAUAAUUAUUGGAGGCACUGUGGUGAACAUGAUUGCCGUGGCGAUGAUCGCAUCGUGCCCUUGGUACGUAGUUGUCCUGUUUUCUCGCUGUCUUGUUGGGCUGACGGUUGGCUUUUUCGUCCUGCCCUCCUACAGCUUGGCGCAAGAGACGACGCCGCCACGCUUCAGAUCCCAGAUUGGCAUGCUGAUAGGACUCGGGUUUUCAUUGGGCAUUAUUGUGUUGGCAGGGGAGGCAUUCCUGGUGAGGCAUUGGCGCCACCUCCAGCUGACUGCAGCCUCCUUACUCCUUAUAAUCAUUCCCUUAGCCUGUUUUGUGGAGGAGUCCCCUCGGUGGCUGUCACAGAUGGGGCGUCGACAGGAAGCAGCUGACGCUCUGAAGCGAGCUGCACGUCGUAAUGGUAUCGCUAUCACUCCAGAGCUUGUAGAGACGCUUGAAAAACUGACAGCGGAAGACGAAAAUAGUGACGAUGUACUCGCUGAGGGGCGUGGCAAUGAGAAACCACUGUUACGUUUUAGGAACCUCUUCGAUAAGUGCCGCAGUUACUUCCGCUACCCUGGCCUGCGCAGAAUAUUGUGCGUUACACCGUUCAUCUGGUACCUGCAAACCCUCCUCUACCUCGGCAUCUUGCUCAACGCCAACAAUUUUACCAGCAAUAAUCCAUUUGUGUACGUGGCCUUGUCAGGAGUGAUGGACUUCAUCGCCAUCAGCCUCACCACGCCCAUCGCCGUGCGUGUGGGCCGACGCUGUCUUUCCAUGGCCUUGUAUUUAAUCUCAGGCACUCUUCUCUUUCUGGACAUAGCUAUUCCUGCAGAGAUGAAGCGGCUCAAGUGGGUGCUCGUGAUGACCGCCUUCUUGCUGUGCGCCGCCUCCUAUCAAGUGCAGUUCAUAUACACGCCGGAACUCUUCCCAACGGUGAUACGAUCUCGUGGCUUCGGUUUCGUGAAUGGCACGGGUAGUCUGGGCUUGCUGACGGCGCCACUCAUUACAGACCUCUUGGUACAGGAGGUGUGGUGGUCAGUGAACGUGGUGUGUGGCUUGGCGGGGCUCAUAGCAAGCUUGCUGGUCUCCCUUCUUCCUGAAACUCGGAACUUGCCACUGCCAGAGACGUUACAGGAUGUGGAGAAACGACUACUCAACACCAGAAACUUGAAAGGCUCAGAAGUAACUUGCCAUCCCCGAGACAGAAGACCACCACAACACGGAAGCUCUUUUAAAUACGCAGUCUGAAAGUAACAACCCAGAAGUAUAGGAGGAUUAGAUUAGAUUAGACAUGUCAGAGUCAAAUAUAUUAUCGUAAAUUAAUCUGUAUUCUCAAAAUUAAACUAUUUUGUAUACUUUUUUAUUUCUUGAUUGUAGCUGAGGAAAAAAAUGUAAAUCCAAGAAUGCUGUGAUAUUUCUGUUGUAAAUAAAAUUUGAAACAGCGAAAUAGAAAA